CGCCUUUUGGGUUAUUCACAUCAAACAGAAACGAUCCGUCGCCAACUUCGCACGCAAUUUAUACUGUCGCAUGGCUCAUACAUUUCCGCUGCAAUUUGCUUAGUUUUUUGUUCCCCAACCCGUGAAAAGUAGCCAUUCUCCGGACAUCCAGAAGCAGUGUAUCGCGGUGAAAUAGCAGCAGCAUUAACAGCAACAGUGAUAAGUGUACGAAUUUCAUCACAUUUGCAUCCGCACACAAGCCAUCAGGAGCGCUACUUGAGCUACGUUGAGCAGCUUUUUUGAACGCUUUUUCCUCACGGCUUUUGCUUCUUAAGCACCUGCAGCCUCUGUCGGUUCCGGUCAAGUGUAAGGCCAAAUAUUGCAGUUUGAACACUCAUUACAGAGGACCGCACAAUGUCGAGGCUCUACACGAAUAUGCAGGACUUCUUGGACGAAGCAAACGGCAACACGCUCCUGGCCAGCAAUACGGCAGCGGCAGCGUCAGCUGGUUUAAUAGCAGUUGCAGAGCCGAUUGCAGCAGCGGUAGACAGUGACACGCUAAUCAUUCAAUCACCCUCGAACGAUGACCUCAGCCAGAGCCUUUCCGAGUAUACCGAUGCGGACGAAAGCAUUUCUGCCCCAACGGAGCUGCUGGCGGAGUUUUUGUCGGCGGUGAUGUUGCGUGAUUACGUGAAUGCACUUAAAUAUUGCAAACUGAUUCUGCAAUAUGAGCCUAAUAACAGCACGGCUAGAGAUUUCUACCCUCAUAUCCUGUCGAAAAUCGCUUCGGAAGCAGGGGAACCGGAGCAGACAUCGGGCGAGAGUGACGAGAACUAUAACUUCAACUACAGUACAUCGUCUUCCAACUCGGAUGACAUCAACAUCGAUGAGGUGGUCAUGGUGUGCAGCAGUGACAGCGAUCAGUCGUCCAACUGCAGCUCGUUUUUGGACUACUCAAACACGAGCAGCAGUGCUGCUAGCGACGACUAUCUGAUGGACGAAAAGGCCUUGAAUCAGGCGAGCUGCAACAGCGCUUCGGACCAGUCGGACCAGCUACCGCCGUCACAGUCCGUGACCGAUAAUAAUACUUCCCACUCCUACUCCAGUCUGCUGUUGGAGGAAGAGGAGAAGGAUCUCACGUUGUCCGAUAUCUCCAACUUGAACAUCGAGGAUGACGAUAAUGGAGAUGAUUCUGGCGAUGGAGCGGUAGAGAAUCCCAUAUCUGCUCAACAGUCGACGAAACUUCAGAACACACCCCAACAGACUCCGCCCCAAACAAGUAGCACACCGCUUGCCUCCAAACUGGUCGCAUUGCUUCGAGCCAGAGUUAUACCUUCGAAGUCUUCGGGCAACGACUAAGGAUGAACCUCCGUGUAUACAAACCUUAUAUUGUACCUAUGGCCUUGCAUUGAUAAAACAUGCGUAAGGGGGAGAGGCGUUUCAGUUUUCGCUCGGCUCAAUGUUGAACCCAAUGUAAUCUGUUAAGAAAUGUUGAGGAAAUUUAAAAGGAGUCGUAGUAACGGAAUAUUCUAAUGAACCAUUUUUCUCUCUUGGAUAUUACGUUGUUAUCAAUCUAUAACAAGAACGAUCCUUUUUAUCUAAAUUUGUAGCUCAUAACGUACCUUAACGAUCCCUCUAUUCGCUCUUUGCUACAAGUAGUGUUUUACUGAUUUUUUGCAACCGGAUGGGCUGCUACCUUCCUGUAGCAAGCUUGAAGGGAUAAUCAUCGAAAGACCAACAUCAUCUUAGGCAGAAGACCAUUGUAGAAACCACUUUUAGGUGCAUUUACAGGAACUCUAUAUAGCGGUGUAAUAAAAGGGAAACUCUAAAACAAACAACCCGACUGAAUGACGCCCCAGUUGCAAAAUGUCUCCGGGGAGGGAACCAAAUACAAACGAAUAAUAGACAUAAACGUAACACAACUCAGAUUCGCUAGGAUUGAAUUGUUGGCUGUAGAAUCCGCAAACCUUAUUCGGAGCUAUUUAUUGUAGAACUCUUUAGAUGGGGAAGAACGAAAAAAAAUCAGCAAAUAUAAAGCAACAUAACAAAAAUUUGUAAUCGUUUUGUAGGUAGGAUUACUAGAGCGUAAAAGAAUGAGUUUUAUCUUUCGGUCGCACAUAUCUAGAGAGUAACUGGUUCCUUGGGUGUAGGCAAGUAAUUCUAUAUCAUAUAUAUUUACAUACAUAAAGAGUAGGCCUAUGUCACAUACCAAAAUUUGAAAAUUUUGUCCUUUUUGGAUAGGUAGUAUUGCGUAACUAUUUCAAAGGAUUACUUUCUAUAUUUUUGAAAUGCAUCUUUAGCUUAAAUUGCGAUUGCAAAAACUACGGUUACUAAGUGUGCUGCGUCCUAGUGGAGUGCACAGCAGGUCAAUAAUCAACUUACCAAUGAUGGUGCGUCUCCACAUGAGCAGAGAUACAUAAUACUUGAUGGUUUAAAAGUAUACGUGAUGCACAAUUAUGUUACACUUUUGUCGUGUUCAAAGAAAAACGACACAUGGUUAGUAAUAAUUCGGUCUGUGAAAUAGAUUACAAGUGCAACUUGGUUUAUGUUUCUAACGCUGCAUGCAUCCACUGUGGAAAAUUAAAGUGCGAUAACAUAAUACCGGUUAGACAAUUGAUCUCUCAGUAAGUUCCAAGAUAUAAUCAUCGUGUGUAAGAAGAGUGUGUAAUAAAAUAUAUAUGAAUAAAAUAAAA